GGUGAUCUGGCGGUAUAAUUCGUAAAUGCAACGGAGACAAUAAUAAGAGAACAGACCCGUCAUCUUUGGUGUUAAUUAAUCUCUACCUUCGAUGCUUUGUUCUUUUCUCUUUUUUUUGUCGAACUCCCUUUUUUGUGAAACUUGUUGCUUCAGUCUGGGUCGCUAAGAGGCAGUUUAUCUUAUCGGCUCUUGGUGCUUUGUCCAGGACUCCUCCCACCCGGGGACUGUAUAUAGGGGCUAUCACACCGAGCAAGACCACGGCCUUUCCAGGUUCACCGUUACCAGGACCUUCACUUCCAACUUUGACGCCAAGCUCCUAAUCUUUUCUCUGUUCCAAUCUCCGGCACCGUCACCAUGGUCGAUGCUUUUGUCGGAACCUGGAAGCUCGUUGAAAGCGAUAAUUUUGAUGCCUACAUGAAAGCUUUGGGUGUGAAUUUCGCUACUCGCCAAGUUGGGAAUGUUACCAAACCGACGAUUGUCAUCAGUAAAGAGGACGAUAAAAUAGUGCUGAAGACCCUAAGUACCUUUAAAAAUACUGAAAUCACUUUCAGACUCGGGGAAGAGUUCGACGAGAUCACUCCUGAUGACCGAAACUGCAAAACAACGGUGACUUUGGAAGGUGACAAGCUUGUCCAUGUACAGAAAUGGGAUGGAAAGGAAACGACUUUUGCCAGGGAGAUCAAGGAUGGUAAAAUGGUGAUGACCCUCACAUUUGACGAUAUUGUUGCCGUUCGUACCUAUGAGAAGGCAUAACGUUCCAUGGGGAGCGAGCCCCGUGCCCCUGUCAGAGCAAUCGGGUCCGAUUUAUUGGACUCCCAUGACAGUAUUUGAAAUCUGGAGCGGUCCUUCCUCUGGUAUUUCUGUAACUUACAGGGAUUUCCAUGGGGGGGUGAGGGGCUUUGAGUCCACGGACCUUUUUUUUUGUAACAAGAUUCGAAAAACCGCAUUUUAUGUUGUACAAUGUAACAGGAAUAACAACUUUUGUAAUAUCUGUACAUCACUUAACCACUUUUUUUUUAUAAAACGGAGUUCAGUUGUGGAAGGCCUGUCUUUUAGUCACAAUGACAAGUUGAAAAGGUUAAUAAAAGAGUUGCUCUGAAA